UAACGUUUUAUGGAGCUAUCAACGUUAUACUACUUUUCUUUCAAAAAUUAAUGAAUGAAGGAUAACAAUAAGUCUUAAAUAAAAGAAUAUGGGAAAUUGUAGAUAACUUUUAAAAGUUUGCUAGAGUUAGAGGUAUAUUUAAAUAUAAUUAUAGGGAUAAAUUUGGUUUCGGAGGUUAAAUUUAGUCGAAUAGUAUAAUAUUCUCUUCACAUUCUCAUUACCGCGCUUUUCAACAUUCUCAUUACCCCUCCACUCCCUGCAUAUUUGCCAUGAUCCAAUUUCACUAAUGAACUCUGUCAGCUGCCACCAACUAGAGCAGAAAUUCUCAGCUUUUGGGCGCAAAUUCAUCUCUUCCAUUGCCUUAGUUGAUGGCACAUCUAAUUUCUCAGACCAGCACCCUAUUCAGCUCCUCAAUGCACGCACCAACCCCAGAAAUAUUGUUCACUCAAAACCCGAAAUUGCGCAUUCCCAUCUCAUAAAGACCCAGAAUCUUGAAUCCAAUGUAUAUGCUGCAAACUCUUUGCUUGAUGCUUACUGUAAAUCAAGAAUGGACAAUGCGGCGAAGCUGCUUGAUGAAAUGCCUAACCCAAAUACAUUUUCCUGGAAUCUUAUGAUUUCAAAUUCUAAUAAAGCGUUAUUGUACGAGGAUGCUUGGAGGUUAUUUUGUAGGAUGCACAUGUUGGGGUUUGAUAUGAAUAUGUUUACAUAUGGUAGUGUUCUCUCUGCUUGUGGUGCUUUAACAUCUACAUUGUGGGGUGAGCAGGUUUAUGGGCUUGUGAUGAAAAAUGGGUUUUUCUCUGAUGGAUAUGUAAGAUGUGGGAUGAUUGAGUUGUUUUCAAGAAGUUGUAGGUUUCGUGAUGCUUUAAGGGUGUUUUAUGAUUGUUUGUGUGAUAAUGUGGUUUGUUGGAAUGCUAUUAUAGCAGGAGCGAUAAAAAAUAGGAUGUAUUGGGUUGGUUUGGAUAUUUUUAGCCGAAUGUGGGGUGGGUUUUUAAAGCCUAACGAAUUUACAAUUCCUAGUGUAUUGAAUGCUUGUGUUGCACUCUUGGAACUUCGGCUUGGCAAAACGGUUCAUGGAGCGGUGAUAAAAUGCGGCCUGGAAAAAGAUGUUUUCGUGGGGACUGCUAUUGUUGAUUUGUAUGCAAAAUGUGGGGUUAUGGAGGAAGCAUUUAAGGAAUUCAUGCAGAUGCCAGUCAGCAAUGUUGUUUCUUGGACUGCCAUGCUAAAUGGUUUCGUCCAGAAUGGUGAUCCUCUUUCUGCAGUUGGAAUCUUUGCGGAAAUGAGGAAUAAAGAGGUCGAGAUAAACAGCUACACUGUCACUAGUGUGCUUACUGCAUGUGCUAAUCCUGCUAUGGCAAAGGAAGCAAUCCAAAUCCAUUCUUGGAUCUAUAAGACUGGGUUUUAUCAGGAUCCAGUUGUUCAAAAUUCUUUGAUCAAUAUGUACUCGAAGAUAGGGGAAGUUUCCCUCUCUGAGGCAGUCUUUGCAGAGGCUGAAAAUCUGCAGCACCUAGGUUUAUGGUCUAACAUGAUUUCUGUUCUUGCCCAGAAUAGUAAUUCUGACAAGGUAAUUCAUCUAUUUCAAAGAAUAUUUCAGGAGGACUUGAAACCUGAUAAGUUCUGUUGUUCUAGUGUCUUGGGAGUUGUAGACUGUCUAGACUUGGGUAGACAGAUACAUAGCUACACUCUUAAAUCGGGUUUAAUCUCUAAUGUUAAUGUGAGCAGUUCUCUUUUCACAAUGUACUCGAAAUGUGGUAAUAUAGAGGAAUCAUAUAUCAUAUUUGAGCUGAUUGAGGAUAAGGAUAUUGUCUCAUGGGCCUCAAUGAUUGCUGGUCUUGUGGAACACGGUUUUUCAGAUAAAGCUGUUGAAUUGUUCAGAGAGAUGUCCGUGGAGGAAGUCACUCCUGACGAAAUGACAUUAACUGCUAUCCUUAACGCAUGUAGUUCUCUUCAGACCGUGAAAACUGGCAAAGAAAUUCAUGGCUUCAUUCUUCGGCAUGGUGUUGGUGAGCUCGGCAUUGCCAAUGGUGCCAUUGUGAAUAUGUAUACAAAGUGUAGUGAUCUAGUUUCGGCGAGAAGGUUCUUUGAUAUGUUACCCCUUAAAGAUAAGUUUUCUUGUACUUCCAUUGUCACCGGGUAUGCUCAAAGGGGUUAUGUGGAAGAUACGCUUCAGCUAUUCAAGCAAAUGCUGAUGGCUGAUUUAGAUAUUUGUUCCUUUACAAUUUCUUCCAUUCUUGGGGUUCUUGCUCUUUCUAACAGAUCUGGCAUUGGCAUCCAAGUGCAUGCAUAUUGUAUGAAAAUGGGAUCACAAUCAGAAGCAUCGACAGGAGGUUCACUGGUUAUGAUGUACUCAAAAUGUGGAAGUGUUGAUGAUUGCUGCAAAGCAUUUGAAGAAAUCUUGGCACCUGAUUUGGUGAGCUGGACUGCUAUGAUUGUAAGCUAUGCUCAAAAUGGAAAAGGGGGAGAUGCUUUGCAAGUUUAUGAGUUAAUGAGGAAUUCAGGAAUCACGCCUGAUUCAGUGACUUUUAUUGGUGUUCUUUCUGCUUGUAGCCAUGCUGGUUUGGUUGAAGAAGGGUAUUUCUUUCUAACUUCAAUGAUGAAAGACUACGGAAUUGAGCCUGGUUACCGUCAUUAUGCCUGUAUGGUGGAUCUUCUCGGUCGCUCUGGUAGAUUAACUGAGGCUGAGAGGAUCAUAAGUGAGAUGCCAAUGAAACCUGAUGCUUUGGUCUGGGGAACACUACUUGCUGCUUGUAAAGUGCAUGGCGACGUUGAGCUAGGAAAACUGGCAGCAAAAAAGAUCAUAGAGUUGGAGCCAAGUGAAGUUGGUGCAUAUAUCUCAUUGUCAAAUAUCUGGGCCAGUGUCGGCCAAUGGGAAGAAGUCUUGAAAAUAAGAAGUUCAAUGCAAGGAACUGGGAUAGCGAAGGAGCCCGGAUGGAGUUCUUUGUGAAAUACAUUCAGUACAAAUAAGUCUUUGCAUGUCGCUCUUUGCUGGUUAGCAUAUUUUUUGUCAAGGUGGAGAACUUUCAAAAUAACUGGGGGAGCUACUGACACGGAAAUAAAAUGGAUGAAGAUUUGUACUGUGCAUAUCCUUAGAGAUAUAGCAUCAUAUGUACCAAUCCUUGGACCUCUUCUACACGGUGUCCCUACCAUCCAGUUGGAUAAUUUACCAAAAUUUUGGUCAUAGGGUGUCGAACCUUCAGUUUGCCUCUCCUGGAAAGGUUUCCUUACAUCAUAUGCUGUAGUUUAGGAGUUGAGGAAGAAGAAAAUGUUUGACCACACUUACCAUUGGAUAUGUGGAGUGCAUAUCCAAUGGUGAGUCGGAUAUGUGGAGUAACCGACUCCCCCCCAACCCUCCACUUUUUCUUACGUAUUCCUCUUUCAAUCAUGCAAACUCCAGUUCAACCCAAAUGGCUAUCUUACUGGUGUGCAAGAGCGGAAGGUUGCAGCAAAGAGUAAUUGCCCUGCUUCUGGCAUAGUCCUAGCUAUGAGUUUCUCCUAGAGCUGAUACCCUGAGAGACUUUGGUGUUCCGCAUGGUCUCUAAACAGCCCUGUUCUCUCCUUUCAUCAUCUGUCUGCUCGCCCUAAAGUCAAAACCUAAGAAGAGUCUCCAUACCAAUGAUCACGGAACUGAAGCGAUCCUGGACUGGACAAUUUACUUUACUCAACUCAGAUGUCGCUCAUUAGUUUCUCUUGAGGACAGUACUGACAGAAGUUACAAGAAGAACAUUAGGGGAUGCCGAUCGUGGUAGUCGUUCUUGUGUACACACUCAAUUACAAGCAAGCUAGGUUCUGCUAUGGGACUCCUCACAGUCCAUGUCACUCCAUUAAAGCCCGUCUCAGUCCAGUAACUCUUAUGUACGCACAGCAGGGGCGGCCCGACGUAUUUUGGAGCCUAAAGCCAAACUUUAAUAAGGAGUCUUAUUGUUUUAAUUUUCUUUUUAUUAUUUGAAGUCAAUUUUUCUAGCUU